AUGUUUUUCUCUCUCACUUUAUAUAUCCCUCUCAUUCUCUUUAUCUGUCUAUCUCAGUCUGUUCAUAUCUAUCUAUCUAUCUAUCUAUCUAUCUAUCUAUCUAUUUCAUUUUGUUCAUUAUCUAUCUAUCUAUCUAUCUAUCUAUCUAUCUAUCUAUCUAUCUAUCUAUCUAUUUCAUUUUGUUCAUUAUCUAUCUAUCUAUCUAUCUAUCUAUCUAUCUGUUAUAUGCCAUACUGUGAUGAAAUUUAUCAAAGAAGUGGCUUGAAAUUGAAAGGUGAUUUUUUCCUGACAAUUUGGCCUGAAAAAGCUCCACACAAGUUUAAAGUCAGAUGUCGUGUAUUUAAUAACACAGCAUGGGUUCUUGUACAGAGAAGAAAAGAUGGCAGUGUCAAUUUCUUUCGAAACUGGGAGGAUUACAAAAAGGGAUUUGGAAAUCUUGAUGGUGAAUUUUGGAUUGGAAAUGAUAAUCUGCAUUAUUUAACCAAUCAGGCCGACACCCGCUUAUACAUCGAUCUCCGAACCUGGGAUUCUCCGCAAACUUCAUAUCAUGCAUACUACUCUCAUAUAAGGGUUGCCUCUGAAUCAGAUCUUUACCGACUUUAUGUUAGUGGUUUUCGCGAUGACCUUUCAAACGCUGGGGAUUCACUGACCUCAAUUCGGGAGAGCCAUACUGAACAGCCUUUUAAUUUGUAUGCAAGUUUGUUUCUCUCACUUUCUCUCUCUCAUUCUAUCUCUCUUUCUCUCUCUUUCUUUCUUUCUUUCUUUGUCCUUUCCUAA